CAUAUUGGAUUACUGAUAAAACUGUAAGUCGUAUUUUAAACUCAUGCUCUAAUUUACGAUGUUUAGGUAUACCGUAUAGCCGUGGAAAAAUCAAAGAUGCUAGUAUAUUAGUACAAACGCAUCUCAAAUUAGAGUACCUUGAUUUCACUAGUGUUAUGGCUUUUCAAAAUGAUUCUCUUAUUGUAGCUAUUAUCAGAUCUUCUCCAAAUUUAAAACGUUUCAAUAUUUCUCAUAAUGAUAUCGGUGAUGAGUCUGAUUCCGAAUCCGAGUUCGACACUUUUGAUUCUUACACUUCUGAUUUAGACUCUGAUACUUCCGAUUCUGACUCAAAUGAAAAUAAUGAAGAGAAUCCAGAUGAAAACAGUUUUAUUUCUGCAUUCAGUAAUUAUAUCAGUGUAUUGUCAGAUUUAAUAG